AGUAAAAGUGGAAAAAUGGGCUUGACCGGGGAGAUGAAGAGGGAGUGCGAGGAGAGAGGAGGGGAGGGGAGAAGCCUAAGGGAAGACGGGGCACGAUUCGUAUCGGUAGCUACAUCUGGAGCUGCAGCUUGCGACGGAGCCUCUAGGUGAACGCCAGAGCCCGACAAGGAUCGAGGACGACCGGAGUCGCACAGUCAUCACUGCGAGUCGAUGACUGCCACGACAGCAGCAGCAGCAGCCACGUCAGUCCUACUGUUGAUAGAGGGCAGCCCCGGUCGAGAUCGUCGCCUCCUCGUCUCGGCUAGCUCACCAGUCCAAGCCAGCCAAGGUCUUGUCACGAAGGAUCGGGGUGGUCAGAGAUGUCGCUCUGUGUCUAGUUGCCUUGGGGACAGCCUCUUCAAGCUCGAGUGCAAGUACCGCUCAGAAGUGCCUCUCAAGAUCCUUGUGCGUCCCUCUUUUGUCCUUGAGCCGUGGUAAGACGCUCGCCAGUAGACGGCUAUCAGGUAGUGCCAGACGUCCUUCCA